UUUUUUGAAUAUGGUCGUUGGAUGAUUUUUUCAAAGGCCCGAGAUUCAUCGCUCGCUUCGCUUAUCUUGUACUCAAACUCAUAUGGUUCAAGCGAAGAUCGAAUUUGUAGCGCAAAAACAGACGAGCAAUUAUCUAUAGCGCCUUCAUUUAGAAAAGGCGAUACUGAGAGUCUGAUUCUGAAAACACAGAUGCUGCAGUGUGGGAAUUUCCCGACAAAAAGGCAGGAAAUGCGUCUCACCGAAAAGAUACCGAGGCGUGAUCGAGAGAAGUGUAACUACAAGCAAUAAGACUUCUCGGUGUACAUUUUUGAUGUGGUCGACGGGUCGCUCUACUCUGUCCGCAAGAGGAUGUCGCGGAAGCGGCGGCGCCUGCUCGUAGCCGCAUUAGGCGGUUGCGUUAGCAGAGCAGCAACGCAGUCGUGGGAGGAGCAACCGAGUCGAUGGGACGACAAGCAGCAAUAUAAUCUUGGUUGGACAGCUACACGGGAUUCACAGCCAUCUUCGGGCCAACACGACCUGGAGAAAGAUGUCGCAUCGAGUAGAGAAGUCGUUUCUGCGGAAAAGGUCACCGUUGUUCCGAAGACAGGGGAUAUUAGGGUCGGCGUCGAUCAUGACGGACAAAGGUUUUUCACUCGGAACCUUGAAAAAAAGAGGACAACUGCCGACUCGGAGAAGAUAUCAGAGUGUGCGGUCUUUUCGAGUCGCGUUUCCAAUGCUGCCUGUGAGGUGGCGACUCAAAUUCUGCGACACAGUGGGUCAUAUGAGCUUGUUGUACGCAGGGUGAACCGCGAACGUGAUAAGGAUAAAGGCGUGGAUGAAGAUGCUCUUGUGAGCGUCGAUGGAGGAGACAAUACGCAGGGAGGAAAAGAGGACGGACGAGGAGCGCUGGACAAGAGUUGCCAUGUCGUGCAAAACAGAGAUGUUGACCACGCUGAAUUACUAUCUUCCGGUUCCGACACAACAACAACUAGAAGUACUGCUGGUGCUGUCGCGACCACAACGAACACCGAUGCUGUAUCGAAGCCGAAUAUCCUGGGUCGGAUUUAUAGAGCUUUAUCGAUGUUAUUCCCACCAGAUUUUGCAGAGGACACAAUCACAAGCUUGGACGACGGUGUGGAAGUCAGUGAGCACAAGGGUGGCUCAAGUCCAAGUGCUGCAGACCACUCGUUGAGUGGUGUGGGAGACUCAGCACUGAACCUUGGAAAUAUGGUAGACUUAGAUGAUGUUCUACAAGAUCCACCACCGAACGUAAACGUAGACGAAGAUCUUCUCGGAACAACAAGUGGCCGAAGUCUGCAGAGCGCAGGUGGACAGAGUGGUGAGAUUAUAACAGGAACCUUCCAGAAUACGACUUUUGUCCUGAACGGAACGGUCUCCGGACUAGUGCAAGAAGCGGACCUACCGCUUGCUGUAAAGGGGCGCUGGAUCACUGAUUCGAAACAUCGUCGAGUCAAUCUCAGGUACUAAAGAUCGUCGAGUCAAUCUAAGGUACUACUGAUUAUAAUAUAUUUUCAUCGCUCGUCAAGGAGAUGUGGCAGUUCAUGUCGUUAACUUUUUUAAUACAGUAGUUCUAAGUAAGAUUUUUGUAGUCGUUAUUAAAUAUGAUCGAGCUGAUGACAGGACGACUGUAGUUCCCUAUUCACAGGUGUGUGAAUUGGUAUGGCCCUCACAUGAGACAGAGUGUCGUGAACGGUUUGAACGUCCAGCCUCUUCACCUCAUCGCGGACACGAUAGUGAGCAGUGGUUUCAACUGUGUCCGCUUGACCUAUUCGUUGGAUCUAGUGAACAAUGUCACGAUGAAAGUUCCGAACGCAAAACACACCCUGGCGCGCAAUAUCGACUUGAUUGAUCUCACUCCCAUGCAAAUAUUUGACCGCACUGUGGAAGUCCUCACCCAGAGAAAAAUCAUGGUCUUUCUGAACAAUCAUGUUUCCUCGAGUGGUUGGUGCUGCAGUAUCGAUGACGGGGAAGGACUCUGGUACUCCACCAGUUCUCUAUCUAAGAAUAGCCCAUACCAACAUCUAUGGUGUUUUGCUGUCGUGGUUUUAUUUUGUAUACGGCUAUGGAAGCUCGAUCAUGCGUCUUAGUCUUUCCAGCCGAGAGUGCUCAAGUGCCCUCUCACUGUAUUAAGUGAUCUCGCAUGAGCCUUUUUACAGGUACACAUCGAGGUGGAGCGAGCGUGAUUGGAUUCGCAGUCUAGUGGCGGUGACCUUGCGCUACAUUAUGAUGCGGGUUCUUUCACUAUCGUGCUCACUCCUGCUACCCCUUGCGUUGAGAUUUUCUUUGAUAGGAGGUAUUAUAGCUGCUUCUCUGUAAACAGGGUCAGUGAAGAAGGCGAGAAGCUGCGUUACUGGGAAAGAACUGGCUAAUGAUUCGGAAACUAAGAAAGUCGCGAGUUGGUGAACUAAGAAACUACUCUCUGAGAACUCAAGGCAGGUUCUAAUAUUCAGAACAACAAUUACGUAGUAGGACACGAUAUACGAAACGAGAUCCGUCCAUCUAUGGGACUUUCGCCGACUUGGUUCAGCGCCGAUAGGUACGCAGCUUGGGCACCAGCGGCGUUGCGCGCGUCUCUCGAAAUCGAAAAGGUUCAUCCAAAACACUUGAUAUUAUGGAAUAAAUCACGAAGAUUUACUACACCUCCUUCGAUUUCUAUUAAAUCAAUCUGAUGGUACAAACAUGAAUAAGAGGGGCAACCUGCCAUUAAACAUCUCGGUUCUUGAUGAACUCCGUGUAUUAUCGUAGACUGGAGGGUCGUUGUGCUCUUUCGCUCUUUUUUCAUUCUUACGCGCAACUACUACUAUGUCCUUUCAUUCUUACGCACAACUGCUAUGUCUUUUCAUUCUUACGCACAACUGCUACCUCUUUUCAUUUUUACGCACAGUUGCUACUUCUAAUGUCAGUUGUGUCUGCGUUGUAUUUUGGGAUGUUUCUUUGUGAUGUGGAUAAAUUCCCAGUGCACGAGCUACUGCCGGGGAAGGUGAUUUACGCGGUUCACGCUUACAAAUGGUACUCCGUACGAGAGAAGGUGAGGACCAUGAUUGAAGUUUACCUUGGUGCUUUUGUCGCUUUCAUCUUCCUCAGUUGGGUCUUCGUAUUGUACCUGGCGCUAAUGGCUCGCUAUUGUCCCAACAACUGCUUUUCGCGCUUUGUCACGGCGUGCAUGCGAUGCUUGUGUCGUGCGGAUCCGGGGUCUAGUAUACAAAAGGCAGGUAGUGGCACCAGUGGUAGAGGGGUGGUAAUGCAGGCAGGCCGGGGACGAGGUGGCUCAGCUGCGGUAGAAAAUUUCACGCCGACGUCAACAUCUGGAGGUGGCGCAAUUGUACCUUACAAUACGCCAGGCGACGAGAAAGUGGAAGAGCGCGAACGCUGUUGCGCCUUGAUUCGGCGUAACAAACUUCUUGUAUGGCUGACACGUAGAGAAAAACAAUAAUUGAAAACAUCUGGAGGAUGAAAAAUGUGCCUGAAGAACUUUUUUGGGUACAGCCACUGAAGAAUGAUAGACCUGUUUCCUGUUUAUCAUAGGUGCGUACUCUGGGUCCCACUUUAAGUAGUGGAGGUUCGAUAAUUUUUUGCAAAACCAUACGUCUAAUACUUUCGACCGCCAUCAUCGUUACUCUCUGCGUCCCCUUGCUGUCUGGCAUUUCGGGCUAUUUUUCUUCCGUGUGCGAUUUGCGCUACCAUAUUGCCGCAGUCACGUGGUUUAUCUUAUGCGUUUCUACAAUAUUUUCGAGGAAGAAUGAUGCUGUAAUGCUUGCUUGAUGUAUCAUCGGCGAUCAAGUGUAAAUUGAAAAUUCCGAUGUCUUACGUGAUGAUUGCAGGAAUUUUCGGACGCUGCACCUACUGAAUUUAACGACUACAGAAUGCUCUAUUCCUUGGUCGAAAAAAAAGUUCUAAUGAAUUUAGCGAGUAUCUUUGCUGGAGCAUCGGUGCUGAUUUGGUUUUUCGUCUUUGUACGGUGGAUGAUCGAAUACGGGCCAUUGGUCCCAGAUCUGGCGUCCGGAACGUCUAAGCAGCUUGCUGAUUUAGUGAAAGGGAGUCCGCUAAUCACGGAUCUUCUGGUUGGCGCGCCAAUCGUCGCUACGGACCCGUUGUACGUAGAGCAGGCUGCUGCGCUAGAGAGGAGUAAAAACCCGUUGUACGUAGAGCAGGCUGCUGCGCUAGAGAGGAAUAAAAGAGAGCGCCGCCGCGAACGGCGACAACGACGUCGAGAUCGCAGACAGAGACUACAGGACUCAACAGCGAAGGGAGAUUACAAUAGUUUCAACGAACUCGUUUCCUCUUCGGAGGAUUCAUCAGGGUCAAGUCGGAGUCCAAGGAGCAGUCGAGGGGGCCACGAACAAGGUAACACACGAAGAGGAGCUGAAGCUUCUACAGAAUCGCUGUCGGGAUCACGAGAGAUGCCGCGAAAGAUGAGCGGAGGGGCUGUAGUUGCAAACCAGAGCAACAGCAGUACAACUGGGUCGCGUACUCUCGCAAGGGGUAAUAGCGGUAGCGGAGCAGGAGGGCCUCUCGGCGGAAACGAGGGUAUGCUACGACAGCGUCAGGUCUCGGCCGGAUCGUUGCAGACAGCGGUGUCUGGGAUUUCGCGUGCAAGCCGUGGGGAAAUCCUCAUGGGAGCUUAUCCUCAGCGCGAGCGGCCCCAUCAUGUAGUUGUUGCUGGACCCGGCUCAAAAAGUGUUCGCGGUUCAGCCGGGGUCCCGCUGGUACGGGGAACCAGUGUGGGGGCGCCUUCAUCGAGCGUAGGGGGAAAUGCGGUCCCGCCCUCAACGAGCGCAGCGCAAAGUCGACGACAGGACUUGCCACUUCGCGAUGGUGGGAGUGUGGUAGAUGGGAGGACGAGGAUGGAUGCAACUACAACGACCUCUGCUGGGCGACUUGAACAGGGAGAAGUUGCGCGGAGUACUAGCACCAGCAGCGAGACCAGCGAUAGUGCGAGCCCCUUAGUUGGCGAUGAAGCGGAGAACAUGCAGACGGCUUUGCAACGCGCGAGUCUAGGCUUACGGCAAGGCUUCGCAGAGCUGGGUUUAGCGGUAUCUUCGGAGGAGCCAACACCGCUGCCCCACGCGCUGCGAGCCUCAUCCAAGGCACGAAACAAGGGGAGCGUGGGUGCUUUAUUGAAUCCGACGUUAGAUGAGGGCAACCUGCAGUACGGGCACCCGUCGGCAUCAACCUCACAGCUCUCGUCUUCUUCAUCCUCGUCGUCGGCGGGCGUCCGGGACGCCGGCACAGAUGACGCGGCAGCGAUUCUUGCUCGCCAGCUCGUGGAGCAGCAUGACUUAGUUGUAGGAGGCCCCGACCAGCACGGGCAGCGCAAUACUGCAGCGAUGCGGCAAGUGCCAGACGACAUUGCGGCGGCAGGGGGCGUGCCACGGUCGUCUUUAGCAACUCCGGCACCUGGUAGCUGUACACCAGCGGCCUCGAUGGGAGGCGGGCCGUUGCUGCGUACCUCGUUAAGCGAUUUAAGCCGGGGGGGCAUUGUCAUGAACCUUGAGGCAGCAAUGUCUCGAGCUGCGGAUGAAGUGGAGAGCUUUCACUCAGUCUCCGAAGACGAGCGAGAGACCGCCGACCGGCACAGGGGGCCAAACGAAUUAUUACGUUUUUGGAUAAAGAGUCACCCAUAG